AUGCCUGGCGUUCCUGAGAGAAGCGCCUAUGGACCUCCUGAACACGUCAAGGCUCUGGAAAAACAACUAGAGUCAGCUCUAGAAGCUGAGCAAGAGGCACUUUGGUGGGCUGAUACCGCUAGUUCCGACUCGGCCCUCCUUUUAUACAUCCUCCAAAGCCUACCAAGUCGACUAGCCAACAUAGAUGAAGAAAGCUUAAGGAAAUUACGCAGCCCACUGAAAUUAGCUCGACAAGAAUGCGCGUUCCACCUGUCCUCUCUCGAACGUAUUCGCGACGAACGCGCUGAACAACUUGGGCUACUGGCUUUGCAGCCAUUCUAUCCGACCGUCGCUGGUAUCAAAUCGGGACAAAUCUCAACGCAAUCCGAACAGAAGGUGAUCUCCACCCACCGUCGACCAUCAGCCCUUGCGCAGCUGUGGCCAAAGAUAUUCCUCAACACUGUUCUCCUGUAUUCUUCCUAUUCGCUGGCCCGAUACGGCUACAACCAGCGACACCUGGUUCGGGAAUGGCUGAAGGAGGGGCGAGAGGCUCUUAAAGGACUUGUGCAGGGAUGGGUUCUUGAACCUCUGAAAGACGUCUGGAACACCAUUCGAGCCAGUGAGGAUAUGCGCGAAGGCCUCGUGCGGAGGCAAGGGGUAUUGGCUGAUAUCGAGUCCCUUGAAAGGAUGGCCCUCUCCCUCGCUAAAGAUGUCCUCCACUACAACGACACUCAACUGGAGCUUCUCCGAGUUCAGGUCAACCAAGGAGACCUCACACCUUUGAUGGAGCUCUACGAAAACGACAUCAGAAGUCCUUUGAAGAGUGCAUUGGCUGGUACACUCGUCCGAGGCAUCCUUAUCCAAGUGCAGAAAGCCAAGGUCGAUAUUGACCAAGCCCUCACCGGUAUCGACCAUCUCCUCAAGUCACAGCAACUCACCUUUGCCUUUGUCGGCGUCGCCCCCGCACUCAUCACCCUUUACAUCGUGUCCCAAACCGGCCUUACCCUCACCCGAAUGACCUGGGCCCUUGGAAGGAACCUCGCGAAGAGGGCAUGGUCGGGGACUAAGACAGUCACUGCAGGAGUAUGUACUCUUCUUAGCCUCCUCGGACUGCGGACGCAAGAGAUCUCAGUGGAGAAAUGGGCGGGACAGGGUGUGAUAGGGGAACUUUCGAAAGCCAUCUUCGGGAACAAGACUUCUGCGGGUACAACUGGGAAGUCUCAAACUGUCCUGAUUGGAAAGGUCUCCCUGCGACAAGCAUGGGCUGACCUGAGGAGAGUGGAGAGGCUAUUAAUCCGUGGCGGCACCCCGAAAGACGAGGUUCAGCAUCAUCCCUCUCCCCUCUCCACGGGUCUCAUCCUCCUGUCUCUCGCCCGGUUACGUGUGUACGGGAACUCGCUGCCUGUGUAUUCUCCAUUACCUGGAUCUUCGCAGCGACCACUUGGACGAUCAGUUGGGACAAUCGGACUGCGACUCUCUGCGUCUUCAACACGACUCGACCUCCGAGGGGCAUUCCUAGAAGACCUGAACGACCUCGCAGACCCCUCAAUAGCAAGGGAAGACAAACUGAGGGUUGUCAGCAGGAUGUGGAGGUGCUUUGCGGGUGGUGUUGCGCUAUGA